UGGCGUGUCUUAGGUGCCCAGUACAUGGUAGCUGGUGUCCUCCUCCUGCCACAGCUCCAGGAAGCAGAGAGGAAGAUUGGCUUGGAAAGAACGCUGGAGAUGAAGGGCCUCCUCACACUGGCUUGGCUCCUGGCCUGUAGUGUGCCUGCUGUCCCAGGGAGCUUGCUGGAGCUGAGGGUGAUGAUUGAGAAGGUGACUAGGAAGCCCGCCCUGAUGAGCUAUGGCUUCUAUGGCUGUUACUGCGGCUGGGGGGGUCAAGGUACCCCCAAGGAUGGUACUGAUUGGUGCUGUUGGAUGCAUGACCACUGCUACGCACAGCUGGAGAAAAAAGGCUGCAAUGUCUUGACACAGGUGUACAGAUACAGAGUUGCAUGGGGCCUGGUCACCUGUGAACGUGGGUCCCUCUGCCAGAUGCAGCUCUGCGCCUGUGACCAGCAUUUCGUCUACUGCCUGAAAAGAAACAAGAGGAGCUACAACCCUCGUUAUCAAUACUUUCCCAACUUCCUCUGCACCUAGUCGCCUCAGUGAGCUCCUCCUGGACCAAGACUCUUACACCCUCUCCUACAGCACAGAGCUUACCCACUCUGCUGGGAUCCCCAGAGAGGCUCCCAGGUCUGGGACCUCAUUCUUUCUUGAUGUUCCACUGGGCUCAGAGGAGCCCCACGGCCACACUUCACCCUCCAGAGUUCCAGGAGAGUGACUCUGGUCAUUAGACUUGGCAAGGUCAGGGUCCCCGGCCUCCACUUGCGAGAUCAGCCGCUCUGGUGCCGAAAGCUCGCCCUUCACUCCAGGCCAACUGUGUUUCUCCUCAUCCCUGAAGACGGCCCUGCUUCUCCAGGAGGGAGGCUUUCCUGGGAUGCAUUGACUUUUCAGUUCUGCUGUUGGGUUAUCACUACCAUCCUGUAGAGAAUUUUCACUGAAGUGGAAGCAAAAGUGACUCCAUAAUUCUGCCACAUAGAUAUUAACUAAAAUUCCUUCUCAAGACUAAUAAUAACCACACAGGUAUUUCCCCUGCUGUGGAGGGUUGCCUGUACCCCUUUCUCUGCUGUUGGGGCACCAGACCCAGCAUUAACCAUGUUCCCUCAGAGGAUGAAGGUACAGAUUAGUAACUAGAAGGUUUCCUGGGAUGAGUACCAAGCCUUCUUUGGGGCUCAUCUCCUUAAACCUUGGGUCCACUCGAGCCAAGCACUGGACCUCAUUCUUCCUCCAGGGAGUGGGGAGAAGGUGAUUGGCAAUCGUGCCAUCUUGGGCUUCCAGACCAGAGAGCGCCGCAUUUGAAUGCCAGCUUGGCUUCUCUAGCUGUGUGGUCUCAGGCUCAUUACUGAACCUCUCUGAUCUCUGGUCUCUUUAAAAAAGAAACUGUAAUGUUUUUUGCGAUGUAAAUUGGGAAUCCCAAAGCUACCCUGAUGAUGACCUGGCGAUGCUGAGGUUCUGGGAUUUCACAGAGCAAGACAUUAAAAAAAUAGAGUUCAACUAUGGGGUUUAAAAAAAUAGAGUUCAACUACGGGGUUUAUUUUUACCAAGAAAGGACACCAAAGAACCCACCUCAUUGAUCUAUUCAUAAAAGAAAGGGUGUUCUAAUACCCAGACUGCAGGAAGAAAGGACACAUCCCAAAACAAAGGAGAGUCCUUUCCAAGAAAGGACAUUUGGCUUCCUUCCACUGACAAAUCCCAAAAUAACCACAUGAUAAAUGGGAUCUAUAUUUAAAAACCUCCAAUGUUGAACAUUUUCAAAAUAAAAUUUAAUUUUAUGCAAUUAC